AACGUCACUAAUGACACGUAUUCAAAAUGGCGGCCGCGGCUAUGGAGACGUGGUGGGCCUUGCUGCUUUUGUCCUCGUUGCCUGUUGUUCGGCCUUUCUAUGUACCCGGAGUCGCUCCCCGGGACUUCCAUGAGGGUGACGUAGUAGAUCUUAAGGCAGUAAAGCUGACCAGCUCCCGCACCCAGCUUCCUUAUGAAUACUACUCCCUGCCUUUCUGUAAGCCAGACUCUGUUGUCUACAAGGGAGAGAACCUGGGUGAGGUAUUGCGAGGGGACCGUAUUGUGAAUACCCUCUACAAUGUGGAGAUGAACAGGGAUAAGAAAUGUGAGAUGGUAUGCAACAAGAAAAAGCUCAGCAUAGAUGAAAGCAAGCUGGUUGCUGAGCGAAUCCAGGAGGAGUAUUAUGUUCACCUUAUUGCAGAUAAUCUGCCAGUGGCCACCAGGUUAGAGUUUUACCCCAACAGAGAGGCAGGAGGGGAGGAGGAGCAGAAGAAGGAUGUGGUGAAAGAUAUCCAGUUUGAACAUGGCUACAGACUGGGCUUUGUAGACAACAACAAGUUUUAUCUGCACAACCACCUGUCCUUCAUCCUGUACUUCCACAGGGAGAAGCUGGAGCAAGGGGAUGUUCACGACUACAGAGUGGUGCGAUUUGAGGUCGUACCCCAAAGUGUAAAAGUCGAUGAUCUGAAGCCUGUGGAAAAUGACAAAACUUGCACCUUGCCUGAGGCCAGUGGCUCUGCCCCACAGGAGAUUGACCCUGCCAAGGAGAAUGAGGUCCUCUUCACCUACUCUGUCCACUGGGAGGAGAGUGAGGUGAAGUGGGCGUCUCGAUGGGACACAUACCUGACCAUGAGUGAUGUCCAAAUUCACUGGUUCUCCAUCGUUAACUCUGUGGUGGUCGUCUUCUUCCUGUCUGGUAUUCUGAGUAUGAUCAUUAUCAGGACCUUGAGGAAGGACAUCGCUAACUACAACAGAGAGGAUGACAUAGAAGACACCAUGGAGGAGUCAGGGUGGAAGAAUGUCCAUGGUGAUGUCUUCAGGCCACCUCAGUAUCCCAUGAUCCUCAGCUCUCUGCUGGGUUCAGGGAUCCAGCUCUUUUGCAUGAUCCUCAUUGUCAUCUUUGUUGCCAUGCUGGGCAUGCUGUCUCCAUCCAGUAGAGGGGCCUUGAUGACCACUGCUUGCUUCCUCUUCAUGUUCAUGGGUGUAUUUGGUGGUUACUUUGCUGGCAGACUGUACCGUACACUGAAGGGCCAUCGGUGGAGGAAAGGAGCAUUUUGCACAGCAACUUUGUAUCCUGCCGUGGUUUUUGGAAUCUGCUUCAUCCUCAACUGUUUCAUCUGGGGAGAGCACUCCUCUGGGGCAGUUCCCUUCACUACAAUGCUGGCCCUGCUAUGUAUGUGGUUUGGCAUCUCCAUGCCCUUGGUCUACCUGGGCUACUACUUUGGCUUCCGCAAACAGCCAUAUGAUAACCCAGUGCGCACCAAUCAGAUCCCUCGGCAGGUCCCAGAGCAGCGCUGGUACAUGAACAAGUUUGUCGGAAUCCUGAUGGCUGGGAUCCUGCCAUUUGGUGCGAUGUUCAUCGAGCUCUUCUUCAUUUUCAGCGCCAUCUGGGAAAAUCAGUUCUAUUACCUCUUUGGCUUCCUGUUUCUGGUCUUCAUCAUCUUGGUGGUCUCCUGCUCUCAGAUCAGCAUUGUAAUGGUUUAUUUCCAGCUCUGCGCAGAGGACUACCGGUGGUGGUGGAGAACUUUCCUGGUUUCAGGAGGCUCAGCGUUCUACGUCCUCAUUUACGCCAUCUUCUACUUUGUCAACAAGCUGGACAUUGUGGAGUUCAUCCCCUCCCUCUUGUACUUCGGUUAUACAGCCCUGAUGGUCCUGUCGUUCUGGCUGCUAACAGGCACGAUUGGCUUCUACGCAGCCUACAUGUUCAUCAGGAAAAUCUAUGCUGCAGUCAAGAUCGACUGAGUCGUCACUGUCGCUGCUGUUCUCGUUGUUUUUUGGUUUUUUGAUUUUCUUUGUUGUUGUUUUUUUGGUCGCAUUCUGUUUUUUUAAUGUAUAUAUUUUUUAUUCUUCAUGUCCAACAAGCACUGACUUGUGUGUAGAGGGAAUGAGAGGGGUGCUUUUUAUGGCGCAACAGCCCCACCCACUGGCCUCAUGGGGAAGAACAGCAAGGUGGCAGAGCUAAACCGGCUGUCUCUCUCCCUCUCUCUCUCUCCCUCUCGCUUCUACCCCCCCUCCUCUUUCCAGGACAGAGACUCCGAGGGAAUUAUUCUCUGAUGGGACAGUUAAUGUCUCCUGCUGUUUCACCUUGCACACAACAAAGUGGGCCAAAGCUUGUCAAAGGAUGGUUUCUGCACAUUUUUGUUUUGUUUAUUCAUUUGUGUUAUAAGUCUAACUUAUCCAGUUUUUUUUGUCGUCACAGGAUUUGUCUUUGACCUUAUUUCUUCCAAUCAUCUUCAUGUCUCAUCUGAUUUCUUUACAUUAAUUCUGUCUGUACAUCGUCUCUGUUUUCAAAUGUCACUUUGGUUUUAUUUCAGAGACUUUGGACGACAGGGAAGGAUCGGGGAGUCUAACUGUGGUUAUGGUGUUGUUGUGUUGAACUAAUAUAGAUGGAAAUUAUGCUGGGAAGUUCUACAUUGUAACACAAGAAAGGAUAAAUUAAAUGUUCUGUUAUUUUUACUCCAGUUUCCAUGUCCUGGUGUGACCAUGUUAACCACAACUGUAAUCAAGAUAUUCGCUUCUCCUUCCAAAACAAUGGGUCUCUUAUAAAUGUCAAAAUAUUGGUCCAUUCACUCUAAAUGAUGCAGAACAGCUCUGAAUGGGACUAUGAACCCGAUGCCCUAAAGCAACGGACUGUGGGGUGAAGCUACUGGAGUUGGAGAAAAAGGAAAGGCUACAGUCUACCCAAAAAUGACAAGGACCAACCUUGUGUAUUUGGAAGUCUACAACACAAAUAUGUGUUUGAAGCUUUUCCAGUAGAAACGUACAAAAAAAAAAGUACAACUGUUUCCGCUCAUUAACCGUGCCGUCAGUGUAGCCUUAGCAGUGCUGGACGCCUGCUGAACUAUGCAGUAAUGGAAAGAAAGAAGUGCAAAAUUGCUGUUUGUGAUGGUUUUUUCAAAGGACCUUUUUUUUGUUGAGAAAUGAUGCCUCAUUUCUUUAAGUUUGAAUCAAAUGUAUGAUACAUUUUUGUGUAUAAUAUGAAAAAAACUCUGAAAGCCAGCAGGAUCACCUCUGUGUGUUUCUACCUAUAGUGGUAGAUACUGUAUCAUUUUGACAGUGCUUGGGUCUCAUGGGUUGCAGAGCAUUGAAAUGUAAUCCAGUGUUCUUAAUAGAUCUGUAUAGUAAUAAUGUAUUCUUAAAUUACAGCUCAUGUUUUUUCCCUUCUUUUCAAAGGAUGUUUUUGGGGGUUUCAAAAAUGUGGUUAUAUUUUUUCUGUGUUUCAUCAGCAGAAAACUUUAAAAUUGCAUUUAGAGCUUGGGUGCAACCUUAUUACAAAUUUAGUUUGGCAAGCAAUUCAAGCUAAGGGCUUCCCAAAGACAACCAGUGUAUGUCGCUGUAGCUAAAUUACACAAUAUAUAUUAAUUACAUUACAUCAUAAUCAUGAGAUUAAAGGAACAGCUUGACAUUUUGUGAAAUACACGUAUUGUCUUUCUUGCCAAGGGUUAGAAGACUGAGUGUAUAUCCCAAAAUGACAAAGUAUUCCUUGGGAGAUAACACAGGCAGAUCAUCAUUGUUCUAACUUCACUAUAUAUCUCAAGCACAGAACAGAUAUUGCUCUCUGCUGCCCUAACACGAGUCCAUUAGAACACUGGUAUAUAAUUACAGUAUAGUCAGUGGUCGAUGUUAGCAGCCAGAUUUUGGUCCAAAGAGAAUAUUCUAAAGACAAGCAGAAAAGAUACAUUUACAUCAAGCCUCACAGGCUCCUGAACAAAUAAUGCCUCGUUUCCACAUAGUUUUGUUUAGGUAUGCGAGUCAACUGGGAGUCCAUUCAUUCUGAAGAGAAUCUCCAUGAUCUCUGAUGUGUUUGAGAAACUCGUCCUUCCAGUUUUUUUGUCCUGAAUUUGUCUCUAGUGCGUUGAAAAAAAUUGAACCAUUGCGGCAGAUUUCAGUCAGAACGUAUGUAGUGCAUAGAAUCAGUAUACCAGACCCCAAGGUGGUGCCUAUUCGUUUCAGUCACAUACACCAAAAAAAUUCUAGCCACUGGGUUUGCUUCCGCGGUAUGCCAUCCACUAAAUAUGUGCGGUAGUGCCCGCAAGUUUCAGCUCGGCCCAUGGACUUUACAUUGUGAUGGUAUCACAGAUUUUUAAAUUCCCUUUUCUAGCAUGAGGAAAGUUUUACAAAUAUACAACCUCCAUGGCUCAAAAACCCAGAAUAGAAAGAUUUUUAACUGAAUUUGUUUGCAGUUUGAGGUGUCCUGUGUUGCACUAUGGGGAAAAUGCCUUUCGGACUGCAGGGGUAUUUUUCACUGCAAUAUCAUGAGUGGCCACUGGGAAAAAUUGGCUGCAAGGCUGGUAGGCUUGUCCUGUGCCACAUGAAGUUAGCAUACAAUUGAAAAAGCUAACAGACUAACGAGUGUAGUAGAGCUGUAUUUAUACAUUUUUUGUAAUUGAAAAGUUUGACAGCAUGUUAAGCUAGCUUUAGCUUAAGUAGCAUGCUAGCUGUGUAACAUAUAGCAGGGGUCUUCAGUGUUUUUGGAGGCCAAGGAAACUUUAGUUUAAAGAGAGAUUGAGCAGAGACUCCCUACUACAUAUUAUGUAUAAAAUUGAGCUGUACUCAGAUAACUAAAUAUUUUCUGGGUCUUCUCUCGUGCUUGCCUGCAGCUCUUAAAUCAGCAUAAGUUGUAGCAUGGCUAGGUGCAUUAGCCUCACCCUCUGGCAGUUGGUGUGUCAGAGACUCCUGCUCAGAAAGUUACAAAACGUUAAUGGUGGCUCACAGGAAUGUCCGUAUAUCUGGAAUAAUAAUAAUACAGCAAGUGGCCGAUAUGUUUUAAGAUACAUAGGCCUAAAGCUAACUAGUGUUGGCUAACUAGUUUACUUUGCCGCUAUGGAUAACUGCUGCAUAGUGAUUAAGCAUUAGCUAGCUAACAUGAUUGCACAAGGAUUCAUGAAUAACAGUCCGCUUAUCAAUAAUAUUGCAUACUGUAAAUUAAAUGUUUGUUUGUUUGUUAUGAAUAGGCUGAUUUAUCAUUGCUACGUUUUUUAGCAAACUAUUUGACAAAACUGUCUACACACCUGACGGACUAACCUCCUCACUUAUUUGUCGCCAUGCAAUUUUGGUCCCGUUUGUGUCUGUACGGCUCCAAAUGCAUAUUCCACAAGAUUGGACGGCAAAAAAACACUCACAGUUCUGCCAUUUCUGCAAUGGGGUUUUUAUUUAUCCAUAAAGAAAUGCAUUUAUUUUCAUUGAACACUAAGGCCUACUCCUUAUGCUUUACAGGAAUAUAGACACAAAACUGUGUGGAAACAAGGCGCAAAUCUUCAAAGAUUAAAGGAAACUAAACUCAUACAGCAUGCAGGGUGAAUAUUUAUUGUAAUCUACCACAGUCUUAAUAUUUACCAUCAAACUGGUUUUAGUGAAGAAUUGAAGUAGGUGUCGAGAUCAACCCUGAUUCCCCAAUGGCAAAACAUUUGAAUGAACAAAUGACUCAUCCUCCUGUGCCCUCUUCCUCCUUCAUUAUAAUCAAGCCAACCCAACACUGUUAAGCUAUGAAUGAGCUGCUUGGAGAGAGCAAGAUGAGCCAAGAUAAAGUUACCCCUGCCACCUGCUACAGGACGUGCUCAGCAAAGCCCCAGAGGUUUCCUCAGUUCAAACAAGAGAACACAUGUAUUGACCAUUACUCUUUCAUUUUUUUCCCCCUCUCCAUCAGACACUCGGAUACCAUCUCCUAUUUACUGCACCACCCUCUGCCCUCUGUAUUAUGUCACGGAGUAACUGAGCUCUGACACUUGGCUGCCGUCUUACGUAAAGGCAGACAGACACUCUCCUGCUGUUGAAGUGCACAUGCUGGGGGAGAUUUUUUACACAUAGACUUUUAAAAGGCCCGGGUCAUGCGUGCGUAUGUAUGAUCGAGGGGUUUACAAUGUAAAUAAAAGAAAACGGCUUUGUAUUUGUUGCGUUUCGCUGUUUGUGGCGCUCUCUGUAAUGAUCCUGUCAUCGUUUUAGCCAAAAGCAUGACGCUCAUGAUGACUCAAAGGAACUUGUUUCUGUUACUUUUCUCUUUGUUUCUUUUACAGAAUGUCCAAUUACAAAAUGUACAAUGACAAAGACAAUAAAGUGAUGACAAGUUGAAUAUGAAAAUCA